ACCUCAGAAUCUUCUCCCUGUCACUCAGCUGAACUCACACAUCUCCCAUCAGCAUGUCCUACAGCUGCUGCUCUGGAAACUUCUCCUCCCGCUCCCUUGGGGGUUACCUGCGCUGCCCAAGCUCCUCCUACCCCAGCAACCUGGUCUACUGCACGGACCUCUGCUCUCCCAGCGCCUGCCAGCUGGGUUCCUCCCUCUACAGCGGCUGUCAGGACACCUGCUGCGAGCCCACCAGCUGCCGGAAGUCCUGCGUGGUGUCCAGCCCCUGCCACAAGUCCUGCUACCGCCCGAGGACCUCCACGCUCUGCAGUCCCUGCUGGCCUGCUUACCCUGGGUGUGUGGGCUUUGGGUCCAGAAGCACCUGUUCCCUGAGCUCUGGAUCCAGAAGCUGCUAUUCCCUGAGCUGUGGAUCCCAGGGCUUCAGACCCCUGGGUUAUAGAGUCCAUGGCUUCCCCUUGUUGGCCUACGGAUCCAGAUUCUGCCGCCCAACCUACUUUACCUCAAGGAGCUAUCAGUCCUCAUGUUACACGCCAACCUGUGAAGCUGGCUUCUAUACAUCAACUUGUUGA